AUGCGUCAAACGCUGAUGCAGGGAAUGGUUAGUGGCGUGCUACUACUGCUGCAGACACUGCCAGCGCACAGUCUGGAGGAGUUUCCCGCAACCGACACCAGACCGCGCGGUACGAUCCAGUGCGAACAGGUUGGUGCGAUCGCGGACGAUGAGUCGGACUCAUGUGCGACAUACUACAUCUGUGCAGUGAACUCCGACAACGUGCUGUCGCCAGUGUUUGCCCAGUGUCCCGGCACGACCGUGUUCUCGCGCGAACUGCGCCGAUGCGUGGAUGCAGCAACGUACGCGUGCGAGAGUGCCGCCAGCAGGAUGGCGACUCGUGAAGUUGGAUUUCAAUGCACGGAAGAUGGCCGAUUCCCGAACGUAGCGUCCACCGACUGUAAAUCGUACUUCCUCUGCACGAAGAAUACAGACGGGUCGCUGAUAGCGGCACUUGUUACCUGUCCCGCAUCUACGAUUUUUUCGGAGGAAAAGAAGUCGUGUGUGUCAUCGCCACCGAAUAUCUGUCCACACGCGUCGAGUACUACAACGUUUGAGCCGGAGUUAAGCAGUACAUUAGGUGCACCAGAAGACACGUUCGAGUGUCCUAGCCAAGGGCGGUUUGUGAAUGAACAAUCACCAGACUGUAGUACAUAUUACAUGUGCAUUAUUAUUAACGACAAGCUAAUGCCACAGCUCACCGGAUGCCCCGGGGGUUAUGUAUUCUCAGUCAUCGAACUAAAUUGCGUUACCGAGGAUUUGUACACCUGCCCAAAGUUUACCGUACCCUCGGUAACACCUCCGAGUUUAACAUCUACCACUAUAACCAUGGUUACGACGACUACUACUCCAGCUACAACGCGUAUCCCGCUACCUACACCUUCAACCACCGUGAGUCCGGAAGUUACAACCCGUAUCCCGCUACCUACACCUUCAACUACUGUGACAUCUGCAGUGACUACCAACAUACCACUUACUCCAUCUAGCACUAGCGCUAUGACGACUACCGAAGCUGAGACUACAACAACAGAGAAGACGACAGACACGUCCGAAUCAACAACUGAAGUCAGUGAGACUACUGAAGUGACUACCAGUGUACCACUGAUUCCGCCUACCACUAGCUCAAUAACGACUACCGAAGCUGAGACUACAACAACAGAGAAGACGACAGACACGUCCGAAUCAACAACUGAAGUCAGUGAGACUACUGAAGUGACUACCAGUGUACCACUGAUUCCACCUACCACUAGCUCAAUAACGACUACUGAAGCUGAGACUACAACAACAGAGAAGACGACAGACACGUCCGAAUCAACAACUGAAGUCAGUGAGACUACUGAAGUGACUACCAGUGUACCACUUAUUCCGCCUACCACUAGCUCAAUAACGACUACUGAAGCUGAGACUACAACAACAGAGAUGACGACAGACACGUCCGAAUCAACAACUGAAGUCAGUGAGACUACUGAAGUGACUACCAGUGUACCACUGAUUCCGCCUACCACUAGCUCAAUAACGACUACUGAAGCUGAGACUACAACAGCAGAGAUGACGACAGACACGUCCGAAUCAACAUCUGAAGUACCUUCAUCGACAACAGUUUUAACAUCUACAGAGGAACCAGAAACGCUUCCACCAAUCAAACUUACCACCUCGACUAGGCCAACACCAACCACCGUCAUCUCAUUAGAACCAACCACGAGUACAGGUUCGGAAACGGAUGGUUUCCCUACACCAGGAACGUUUCAGUGCCCAGCCGAGGGUCGUUAUCCGGAUCCCAACGGGUCCCAGAACUGUGAAUCUUACAUCCUAUGCAUUAAAAACAGUAUCGGAACACUCACACCGAUUCAAUUUUUAUGUCCACCGACGACAAUCUUCUCCCCCACGCAUGGCUUAUGUGUUUCGGCCCUGUCGUACAGUUGCAGAUACGAAACGUCGAGCAUCGUACCACCGACAACCGUAUCGCCAACUGUUACCACGACGGUUGUCCCAACACCCACACCAUUCGUCUGCCCGGCCACUGGCAGAUAUCCCAAUCCGGAUUCGCUCUACUGCAAAUCGUACUACCUGUGUCUGUACGACGGCAAGCUGAAUCUGAUCGGCGUUGAGCUUAGCUGCCCGGGGGGCUCAAUCUUCGACAACGACAAAUUGCGUUGCGUACCGUCUGGAGAGUAUCAGUGCGUACAGGGUACCGCAACAACGGGUGUAACGACCACCACUACCCCGGCUGCCACAACCACAACUACCACCAGCGCAACCACCAUCAGUAUGGCAGGUACAUGCACGAUGGCCGGUAUAUUUCCAACCAACACCGCAAACGAUUGUUCGUCGUACCAGUUCUGCGGGGCGCUGCAGACCGGCGGGUUGGUUGAGGUUAUUCUCAAAUGUCAAGGGAACACACUGUUUGACGAGCAAAACAAGGUGUGCUCGGAUAAAUAUGUAUGUCCGCGGGGAAACUGA